AUGACAGCUACUCAGAAGCACAACCUCUUCUCGCCGGAACCUCACUACAUCCCUGGCUAUGCCGGCUUCUUCCCGCAGCUGCGCUACCAGGUGGGGAACACCUAUGGGCGCAGCACGGCGCGGCUGCUCACGGACGCCAGCGUGCAGAAGAGCCCGUGCUCCGUGCUGUCGCCCAUAGCCAAGCCCAAGUCCAUCGAGGACUUCAGCAAGUCCAAGCCGCCUUUUACGCCCUGCCGUGAACUGACAGAGCCCUACGUCUCCCAGUACACCAGUCUGAAGCCCUACAAGAACUCUGAGAUCCUGGGCCGGUUCCCACCCCAGGAGCUGGAUGCCCAGGGGCCGCUGGGAGGAGAGAAUGUAUCCAGGACUGCAGGCUUCAUGCCCUACCCCCCCCACCCCCCUUGCCCACCGGGCAGGAAGGGGGACUCCAGGGACCUUGAACACCCGGGCCUGCGGUUGGCAUUAGGGGAAGAGGCCUGGAAGAGCACCACCCCUGCCCGUGAGGCCCCCACGCAGUACCAGCUGUGCCCCUGCAGGAGGGGAGAGUGCCCACCCCCAGCCCGCCAGCAGGAGACACUACACGUGGGUGGCUUCCACAGGCCGCCCCAGCUGGACCACCCCGACCUGAUCCAGCGCAAGGCCAUCUCAGGUUAUGCUGGCUUUGUCCCUCGGUUUGCCUGGGUAAUAGGGAUGAAUUUUCGCGAUGGGGUUGCACAGGCCACGGAUGAGUUCCACAAGAGCCAGUUCCUGCUCAGAAAUCCCAUCCGUGCCCCGGGCGAGAGGCUGCCCGGAACGCAGUGGCCUAGCAACACCACCUACAGAAGCCGAAGCCUGAUACCUUUCUACAUGAGGUUCAUACCAUCCAUGCAGGACAACUGCGCACUGACGUUUGACAACAGCACCCGCAAGGCGUAUCAGAAGGAACUGGAGAGGCGCAGCCGGACACUAUGA